AUGGCUCCAAUCAAACGACAUUUCUCAUGUGAAGUAGAGGAUGAAUUAGCCCGUCAGCAAAAGAAAGCAAAAGAAGUUGUGUUGAAACAGCUUCCUUCAUCUUGCGUUGUUCUCAAUUUAGCUGAUUCUGACUUAGAUUUCAAUGUUGAAUGCAAUGGAGUAGUUGGAUAUGGCCUUUAUGAGGAAGGCUUUGGUUAUUGUUGGUCUGGUGCUCGAGCUACUGUUGGAAUAACAAAUGGUAGAUAUUGUUAUGGCUGCGUUGUUGUUUCGGCUCAACAUGUUGAUAUGGAUGAUACUGCUCCUGAUCAGCGGCAUCUAUGUCGUCUCGGUGUUUCUAGAGGUGAUGAUACUGUUGGAGCUCUUGGUGAGACCAAACACAGCUUUGGUUAUGGAGGCACCGGCAAGUUUUCUAAUGCUGGCAAUUUUUUUAAUUUUGGCGAUAAGUUUGGUGUUGGUGAUACAAUAGUUUGUUGCAUUGAUCUUGAGAGUAAACCACUAGCUACUAUUGGUUUCUCUAAGAAUGGUAAAUGGUUGGGAACUGCAUUACAAUUUGAUGUUGAUUCUCUCGGUCUUGGAGCAGAUUCUUCUUUUCCAAAGGUUUCGCCUUGGGAAUGGGCACUUUUUCCACAUGUUUUAUUGAAAAAUGUUGUGGUUCAGAUGCAGUUCAGUGUUGAACAAGGACUUGUUCCUCGAGAAGGGUACAGACCUUGGGCCUUUGCUAUUGCGGAUGGAAAUGCAGUUAUGGGGCCUUCAUUUUCUGACCCAAAGGAUUGUGAAUUGAUGAUGCUCGUGGGGUUACCGGCUUCAGGCAAGACUUCAUGGGCUGAGAAAUGGGUGAAAGAUCACCCCGAGAAGCGUUAUGUUUUGCUUGGCACAAACUUAAUCCUUGAACAGAUGAAGGUUCCUGGACUACUGCGGAAGAACAACUAUGGUGAAAGGUUUGAUCGAUUAAUGGAUAAGGCAACUUCAAUGUUCAACGUAAUUUUGUCAAGGGCGGCUAAUGUACCUCGCAAUUAUAUAAUCGAUCAGACAAAUGUGUACAAAAAUGCACGCAAGCGGAAACUUAAUCCAUUUGUCAAUUAUCAAAAGAUUGUUGUUGUUGUGUUCCCAAAGCCAGAAGAGCUCAAGAGACGAUCUGAAAAAAGAUUUAAAGAAAUGGGCAAAGAAGUUCCAGUUGAUGCUUUGAAUAACAUGAUAGCUAAUUAUGUUCUACCUAAAAGCAAGGAUCUUCCAUAUUCCGAUGAAUAUUUUGAUCAGGUUUUGUUUGUUGAACUGAACCGGGACGAGUCUCAGAAAUAUUUGGAUCAGAUGAAGCAAGAUACUCUGUCUCUAUCUAAUACCAACCCGUCAACAUUAUCGCACAGAGGUUCUUCUGAGUCUUCUUUUCGACCUGCAUUUCAUAGUCAAGGAUGUUCGACAGGAAGUGGCAUUAUCCAGUGGAGAGCUCAUUCUUCCAUCUCUCAACCCGACUAUAGGAUGCCUAGUCAAAUCAAUACACAUGGUUUUAUGUAUGAACCUCAUCCAAACAGUCAUAUUUCACAUGUUUCAAGAUCACCCUAUCCUAUAGAUAAUGUUGGUUCCAGUAGAACUUAUGGUGACAUCGAAGCAUACCGAAAUCCUGUUUUCAGUAGCCAGUAUAGGCCAAGCACUACAGGGAACAACAAUAUGGGUUUUCGUGGAAGACCUUAUGUUGAAUACAGAGACUUUCAGCCUGACCUGCCUUUACCUGCAGCAGCCACAUCUUUGCAUCCCCCAUAUGGGGUACAGACUCUAAGACCUCGACAUGGUGGAUUAUCUGAUAACAUCCAGUAUUCGGGGAGAUAUGCUUCUCAAUAUCCAAAAUACUAUCACUGA